AUGGACAACACGACCAUCCUUGAGUACGAUGACGAUGUCGUGACUGAGUUGAGCUCCAUGUACUCCAGUUCUUCCCCUGUGUACUCCCCCGUGUCUUCCGUUGACGAUCUCAGCGGCUGUAUUGAGUUCUCACCCGGUUCACCCGAAUCCCCGCGCAAAUCAGGCGCGAUGGAACUGCAACCGACACUCGAGGAAAUCGAAGGCGAGCUCGAGGACAUUUUCGACAACUUUACAAAGAUGCUUGAGGGUCGUGCGCUUGAUGUCUCAAGCGGGUUUUUGCGUCACUACGAAACGUGUUGCGUACGCCUGCUCAACACGGCACACCUGCUGAUCGCUCCAAGCAACAGCGACUUGUACUUCCAGUGUUUGGAUCGCUCUGUGGGAGUGGCGGGGCGGCUCGUACGUGCGCAGGGAACCCACUUAGCAGCUCAAUACCAAUCGUACCGAUACUAG